AGUAGUAAGCGAUCAUCAUGCCACCAAAUGAAGUGACAGUCGAUGAGCCAAAACCAGCGCCUGAAGUGGAAUCAGCGACUGCAGAACUAGAAACAGCAGAUCAAAAAGCCGAAGAAGCAACACAGCAUUCAAUAUUUCGAGAAAAUGCACAUCAACCAGUUGGAGAAAAUCAAAAAAUUAUACCCAACAUAGUAGAAACGACACAAACCCCACUAGGCACAACAGAAGGAGAACCAGAAGAGACUACUACUAAGACCUCAGUGUUACAAAAAGUCGAAAAUGCUGGUGAACGUGUUACCAUUGCAAUUGCUGAUAAAACUGGUCUACCCACAUGGGGUGUGGUGGCCAUUAUUAUAUUGGUAUUCCUGGUUGUCUUCGGCAUUAUAUUCUUCUGUGUACGAAGAUUCUUAAAGAAGCGACGAACUAAAGAUGGUAAGGGUAAGAAGGGUGUUGAUAUGAAAUCGGUACUUUUAGGAUCAGCGUACAAAGAAAAAGUUCAGCCUGAUAUGGAGGAACUCACCGAAAAUGCUGAAGAAGGCGGCGAAGAGGAUAAAGAAAGUGAACAAAAAUUAGGCAGACUGAAUUUUAAGCUUGAAUAUGAUUUCAAUUCGAACAGUUUAGCCGUAACUGUUAUACAAGCUGAAGAAUUGCCAGCUUUAGAUAUGGGUGGUACCUCAGAUCCUUAUGUUAAAGUUUAUCUGUUGCCAGAUAAGAAAAAGAAAUUCGAAACAAAAGUACAUCGUAAGACACUAAGUCCAGUUUUUAAUGAAACAUUUACAUUUAAGAGUUUACCCUACGCUGAUGCCAUGAAUAAGACUUUAGUAUUUGCCAUCUUUGAUUUCGAUCGUUUCUCAAAGCACGAUCAAAUUGGUGAAGUUAAGGUACCACUGUGCACAAUCGAUUUGGCGCAAACAAUUGAGGAGUGGCGUGAUUUGGUCAGCGUCGAAGGUGAAGGUGGUCAGGAAAAGCUUGGCGAUAUUUGUUUCUCAUUACGUUAUGUACCGACCGCUGGCAAAUUAACCGUUGUCAUAUUGGAAGCUAAAAACUUGAAAAAGAUGGACGUUGGUGGAUUGUCUGAUCCAUAUGUGAAAAUUGCCAUUAUGCAAAAUGGAAAACGUUUGAAAAAGAAGAAGACAAGUAUCAAAAAAUGCACCCUCAACCCCUAUUAUAAUGAGUCGUUCUCAUUUGAAGUACCAUUUGAACAAAUACAAAAAAUCUGUUUGGUUAUCACUGUCGUGGAUUAUGAUCGUAUCGGUACUUCUGAGCCCAUAGGACGUUGUAUACUUGGCUGUAUGGCAACCGGCACUGAAUUGCGACAUUGGUCCGAUAUGUUGGCCUCACCACGACGACCUAUUGCACAGUGGCAUACUCUGAAAGAUCCCGAGGAAACCGAUGAAAUUCUUAAAAAUAUGAAGUAAGAAGUUUUAAAUAAACUAAACUAACAACAACAACAAGAACAACAACAGCAAAAACAAACCACACAAAUAUUCAUGGGAAAUGCAAAAAAAAAAACAAA